AUGAUCCAUGGGAAUCGCGGUUCAUCCGUACCUGUAGUAGUUUGCGAAGGCGACGAUGACAAGCGGCCGUGCGGCAACGCGGGAGCCUGGAUGCAUCAUUUUCUUUGCCCCGCGGACCCGACCAACCGGGCAAGUGGGGCAGAAGCACUGGAUCCUAAGAGAUGGAGGGGUAGUAGAAGUAUAAACGGCAGCGUGUCGGCGUUGCAUCCGCCCUCGAGGUCUGGUGGGCUGCGCCGCUCUCUAGCGUCCCGAGGUUGCACUGUUCCGAGUGACAGAGGGGUUGCCACGAUCUACGAUCCGCUGAGCUGCACACCGGGUGGACGCGUGGAGUAUCAUGCGGAGGUUGGGCAAGCAGUGGUUAAUACCGCACGUCUGUUGGAGAGAGCGGAUCGACCGCGUCGGCGUAUACAAGCCUCCGCGUAUAGGGGGACUGCUCCCCUCAAUGGGCGGUCCCAGUCCUAUAAUCCUAGUCAUCGUGCCUCGCAGCAUGUGGUGGAUGUCUCGUCUCGUAGCCUUGCUGAGGCGUUGUCGGGGAGCCCGGGAGUUAGGUCUGAAACUCUGCCCUUCCCAAUAACUGAACCGGGCCUGAUGCCGUUGGAAGGUGAUGCGUUGUUGCAUCCGCCUCCAGCGGUGCCGUUUAGUGGACGGGGUGUCGAUGCUGGCAGAAGCAGAAGCACCAGUAGCGCUCUUGUACUUGCGCGUCCAGACUCAAUCAAGGACCUAAGGAAGAGAGCAUUGUUGCUACGGAACGGUCGGAUUGUUGCGCGACAGGGUGAGGAGCCUGUUGCGUGGCGGCCGGAGCACAAUGCGUCGGAUGCUCACCGUGACGUCGCCGUUUCAGAUGGGGCAGCUAGUUGUGGCGUUGCCUCUCCGACAACGAGGUGGCGAGACGCCGGAGGCACGUCUGUCUCUUCUGGACCAACGCUUCACUACAAGCAGUUGACCGAGGCCUUUUACGGGAACUACUCGGGUGGGGUGCUUGCCCGAGAGGCCUACCUGCACUUUGUCGCUGAGAUGAACCAUCAGCCGUCAAGGGGCAGCCAUGGUGCACCACGGCGGCCGCAGCGUGUUCGUGAGAUUGUGGAGAACAGGCGACAAGUAUCCGGGGUUGCCGACGCCCCACUAGUGAGGGGUGUGGGUUCCGCGUGGCUAACCAAAGCUACUUCACAGUCGAAGUGA